AUGGCCCUCGCAGCAUUCCCUCGGGAGCUUAUUGUUUCAAUAUUUGAACAGCUCGAAGAAUGCGAUAUCAACGCUCUAUUUCAAACAAAUGCUCAUUUGUACGACCUGUUGAGUGAGGGGGAUACAGAUGCUCUUAUGAAGUUCAUCGCAUACGGGCUGAAUCUUCAUGCUUGUGGACAGCCGUCGAAUUUCGCUGUGAACAAGGCGCUCCUCGAUAUUGACAGUGUAGCGGGCCACGAAGAAAAGCCUGAAGAGGAGCCCGAAGAGGAGAAGGAGGAGAAGGAGGAGAAGGAGGAGGAGGAGGAGGAAAGCCUUUUUCUUCGAUAUCAUGAUGAGACAUUAGAAUUCCCCAAACAAAUGCCCCCGUCCCACGAUAACCAAUGUCAACAUGAACCUCUACCUCAACCAGAGCCGCUUAUAUGCUACGCUGCGAAGAAUGGCAACGUGUCUAUAAUGCAGACUCUUCUUGCACAUGGCGUAUACCCAGACAUUCGUAACAAGAAGGGAGAAAUGCCAUUAAUAAUCGCAUCCAGAGAAAGACAUGAAGAUAACAUAGUUAUUGCUAUAUGAAGGUGCGUUGUGAAUGCUUUGGACAGCACCCAAAACAGCGCAACUUCAUAUGCUGUAGAAAAGGAUCACUUGGAGAUCAUUACAGUUAUUAUGGAGCAUUGAGGAACCAUUCCUUGAGCAGUGUGUGGGUGAUCCAUGCUAAGAAAGCCUGGUCUUUGAUACAGUUUGAAGAGGUAUGUUUGCUUUUGGAAGCCCGUUGCUCAUCGUUGGAUAUAUCAUACAGAUACUGGGUUCGAUAUACACUAUCACCGUUCUAUUGCUAUAUACAUAAUUCUACUAACUUGAUUUAGUUAUUUAUUUAAUAAAAAGCCGACUCUGUAUACUCCGUAGCAGAUGAACGAUUAGGGCUAAUGAUGUGAUUUAGAUUUAUC